GCCAAGGAGGUGACAAAGAGAACUACAAACAUCAUGUGAAGAAAAGGUUCGCCACAGUGUUGGGUGUACACCACAGUUUCAAAACCUUUGCCGCUGAUUGUCCACAAAUGCAAAUGUUGUCUGGUGCUUUCGCUCCAGACCAGCAGGGCUUCCGGCCACUCACCGUGGUCCUGCACGGAACACCGGGGGUCGGGAAGUCGGCUCUGGCCAGAAGAAUCCUGCUGCACUGGGCCCGUGGGGAGCUCUACCCGGGUGUGUUCUCCUACGUCUUCUUCCUCGAUGCCCGAGACAUACCAUGGAGGAGGAGAAGCAGUUUCACGGAGUUAAUUUCCAGGGAGUGGCCAGACUCUGAGGUCCCCGUGGCAAACAUCAUGUCCCAACCAGACAGGCUCUUGUUUGUGGUUGACGGUUUUGACGACCUGGAUGUUGCCUCCGAAAAUGCUGACCUGAACGUCUGUGACAACUGGACAGAGAAGCGGCCUGUGGCCGACCUGAUGUGCAGUCUGCUGAAGAAGGCCCUGCUGCCCGAGUCCUCUCUGAUCGUCACCGUCAGAGACGAGAGCCUGGAAAAGCUCUGCUCGAUGCUCGUCUCUCCCCGCUACCUCUUCAUUGAAGGAAUCACGAUGGAGAAAAGGAUCCAGGUGUUCCUCAAGCACGUCAAGAACGAGGACCAGAAAACGCAGGUCCUGCACUCGGUGCUGGACAACCACGUGCUGAUUGAUAGGUGCCAGGUGUCCGUCACGUGGUGGCUGCUCUGCCGGGCUCUUGAGCUACAGACGUCCUCAGGGAAGGGCCUGCCCCCUACCUGCCAGGUCCUCACGGGCUUGUACGUCACCUUCGUGGUCCAUCAGCUCGCCCCUCGAGAUGGCCCGGGAUGCUGCCUCAGUCCGGACGAACGCGUGGUGCUGAAGGGCCUGUGCCGGAUGGCCGUGCAGGGCAUGUGGGCCAGGAAGUUCGUGUUCUACAGCGAUGACCUGGGCAUUCACGGACUGACGGAGCCGGAGCUCUCCGUGCUGUUUCACAAGUACAUCCUCCUGCGGGACAGCCAGGGGGAGCGGUGCUUCACGUUCCUGCACCCGAGCCUGCAGGAGUUCUACGCGGCCCUGUACUACGUCCUGGAAGGCCUGGAAGCCGAGUGGGAGCCCCACGCUCUGUGCAUUGAGAAUUCCAAGAGUCUGAAGGAGCUCAAGCAGGUCAGCUUCAACGUCCACGUGCUGCAGAUGAAACGCUUCUUGUUUGGCUUCAUGAACAAAGAGGUGGUGCGGGCCCUGGAGGACCUGCUGGGGUGUCCCGUGGCCCUGGUGGUGAGGCGGGUGCUGCUCCAGUGGGUCUCCCUGUUGGGUCAGCAGGCCGCCACCACCUCCCCGCUGGACUUCCUGGACUCCUUCUACUGUCUCUUCGAGACCCAAGACGAAGAGUUUGUCCGUUUGGCGUUGAGCGGCUUCCGGGAAGUGAGGCUGACGGUGAACCGGCCCAUGGACCUGAACGUGUCCUCCUUCUGCCUCCAGCACUGCCGGCGCCUUCGGGAAAUUCAGAUGGACGUCAGGGAGAUCUUCCCCGAAGAUGAGGCCACCGAGGCGUGGCCCGUUGUUCCGCAAGG